AUUGUUGCUGCUGCUGCUGUCAGAUCAACAAAUGUGUCAAAUGGCUAAAGUGGAGCUGACGCCACUCAGACCGUGGGACGACUUCUUCCCCUGCGCAGAGAGAUUCGCGAAACCAGACGUGAAAGACUUAGCGAAAUGGAACAACAGAGUCGUCAGCAACCUGUUGUAUUAUCAGACAAACUAUCUGGCUUUAGCCAUCGUCGUCUUCCUCAUUGUCGGGUUCCUGAACCCAGUGGGAAUGUUCACCGCCAUGGCCGUGGUGUCGUGCGUCUUCUUGGGCUCAGUGUGGGCUGGAGAGAACAGAGCUGUGAUCAACAACUUUAAGAGACAGAAUCCCACUGCGUUCGUGAUCGCCGUCAUGGUCGCCAGCUACAUGUUAAUUUCAUUGCUGGGCAGCGUCAUGGUGUUCAUGACGGCCAUCACUUUACCUCUGGCUUUGAUAUGUGCACACGCUUCAUUUCGCCUCCGCAACAUGAAGAAUAAACUGGAGAACAAGAUAGAGGGCGCAGGACUGAAGAGGUCACCUAUGGGCAUUUUGCUGGAGGCUCUAGGUCAGCAAGAAGAGAACCUGCAUAAGAUCCAGAGUUUCCUGGAGGGAAAACUCAAGGAGUAGUCGGACAUACACUUACACAUGUCCUUCUUUUUGGCCAGAGAUCUAGACUUUUUCUUAGAGUGAACACAUUUCUGUACCUCUGUCUAAACCUGUUAAAACUUUCUUUCAUA